AUCUUGUCAAUGCUCAGACAGAACAAGAGUGAUUCUGCCUAUAAAGACAUGCAGACCACCCGCAAAUCAAGUGACAGAUCCAGCAGUACAAGUGGAGACAGCCACUCCCAGGCGCUCCAGAAGAAGUCGAAAAGCCGCACCAACCGUGACAUCAUCCACUGCAAGAGUGGGGUGUGUAACGCCAUGAGGGCCAAGUUUAACAGUGUGGCCCAGGAGGCUGGCCUCUGUCUACAGGACAAGAUGGAAAUCCUCAUGAAGCGCCAAGAAGAAAGAGGUCUCCAGAAGUUCCGUUCUUUUGACCUUGUCUCAAAUUUCCAAAAGGAUGUAGCAAAAAUGAGACACCACAUCUCCAUGGUAAAAGGAGAUGCAGAAGAAAUUGCAGACCACUGGUACUUUGACCUGCUGUCCAAACUCCCCGAGGAUCUGAAGAAUUUCCGCCCUGCCAAAAAGAUCCUGGCGAAACUGCAGAAGUUUGGGGAAAAUCUGGACCUGAGGACCCGGCCGCAUGUUCUCUUGAAGGUGCUGCAGGACAUGAGGGUCUGGGAGCUGUGCUCUCCGGACAUCGCAGUGGCUAUCGAGUUUGUGCGAGAACACAUCAUCCACAUGCCUCGAGAGGAUUAUAUCAACUGGCUGCAGGACCGAAUCAACGUCCCCGUCCGGUCCCACAGUGCCCAGAUGUAGUGGGCCUGGGUUGACCAGCGAUCCCAGUGGAGGAGGGCUGUCUACACUGUGCUCCUGUUUCCUAUAUACUCUCAUGGAUACUCAUUAUGACCUAGUAGGGUCAUCUGGAGACCAGAUGACCCUGCCGACGUUCUAGAGGGAGCUCCUCCCAGGUGGGAGCUCCCUUCUACCUCACACCCCAGCCUCAGUCUCCCAGCCUCCGUUCCUCAUUGGUCUAGCCUGACUCUACCUGCUCCCUCUUCAGGAUCCUUUACUCUAUUUCUCCUCCUCAAAUUCUAGA